AUGUCUCGUCCGCCAUUAUUCCCCGAUCAAUCCGCAGCUGGCAUCGCCGUCGACCCACGCACCCUCGAGCGUGUCAUACCCGAGUCAAAGAGAUUAGAUGGAACUGUGCGCAAGCAGCUUAAGAUCAGGCCGGGAUUCACACCCCAGGAAGAUGUAUCUCGCUUCCGCGGAUCGCGCCAGCAGGCUAUGGAUGCCACUGCCCUUCCAAAGGGUCACAUACUCGGUUGGGUCGCGCCGUCUGCUGCUGCGCAACCUAAAGGGAAGGCCGCUACGCCACCGCCCAAUAAGAACGCGAAAAAGCGCGCCAAUGCACGAGCUAAGAAAACCGCAGAGAAGGCAGCUGUUAUCAAAGAUAACUGGGAUGAUGAUGAAGAGGGGGAGGACGAAGCGGCAGCUGAUGUGAAAGAGGCCGCUGAGGAGGGAAGCUCGAAGACCAGUAGCACGAAUGAUGCAACAACGGGAUCGCACACGACAGACAAGGCUGUGGCACCAGAUUCAAUCUCAAGUCCAUCAUCGACACCGCCAGCAGACCAGAGCGCUGUUGAGCUUUCGGGAGAACUUGAGAAACUACAAGUCAGAUGA